GGUGUUCCUUCCCAGGCGGAACUGUUUAGUACGUAUCGUUGUUUUCACACGGAUCAUCGGCAUUCCUAGACAUGGCCACUUGCAUGCGGACAGUGUGGAAAGUUUUAGGAGGAUGUCAGAGGCACCUGCUGAGAGCUGGUGCAUACACAAGCGCUUCACAAAUUCCUACAAGGCAUCUAUCUUCCAAGAUUGUUGCCACUCUAAAGUCAUUAAAGAAAGUCAAGAAAGAUGACACACAGAAGAAGGAGGAGAAGAAAGAAAAGAGGAUAAUUGAUGACAAAGGCAGACAUAAGCCUUUUGGCAAGACAGCAUGGGCGCCUGUGGAUGACGUGUACAUUAGGACGUACUACCCCAUGACGAUCUAUGACGCAGCAGAAGCCAUCGACAUGCUGAAGAACUUUCAAGUGUUGGACUUCACUCCCCUCAAGCAGCCUGUUUACAUCGAUCUGAGGCUAAACAUGGAACUGGAGAAAAAGAGAAAAGUGGACCCCUUUGUCAGCACAGUGCAUUUACCACACCCCUUCAAGACCGAGAUAAACAAAGUUUUAGUUUUUACUGAGGAUGCUAAUCAAGCUAAAGCUGCACUGGAGAAUGGAGCUGUAUUAGCUGGAGGAGCAGAGCUCAUACAGCCGAUCUUAGAUGACGAGAUUUCAGCAGACUUCUAUGUAGCAGUGCCAGAUAUUCUGCCAAAGAUUCUACCUCUGAAAAACAAACUGAGGAAGAAAUUUCCAAAGAGCAAGAGAGGCUCAGUCAGCACCAACAUUUCCGAGUUGUUGGAGUUUUUUAAAGCAAGCCACGAGUACAAUGUGGAGAACAACUGCUACGUCAAGACCCAGAUAGCCAUGCUCGACAUGCCCACAGAACACAUCUUUGCCAACCUGAAAGCUGUCCUGAUGAACGUUUGCUCACACCGACCAGCCGAUAUGGGACCUUUCAUAGAGCGGGCAAUCAUCGCCAGUCGCACCAGUGAAGCGCUGUGGUUCAACAGCGAAGACAUUGUACGGAAACCAGCAGAGAAGGAGGAGGAUGAGGAGGAGGAGGAAUGACCUGUUUCCGAUGUAUAUAUUCACUGUAUUGAAUAAAGUAUUUGUUUUGAGUUUG